CCACACACACGCCGAUCUUUCAAAAUCGAUCGACUGCUAGUGUCAAGAGCCAAAAUCUUUCCGACUAAUAUUAAGCCGGCAGUUAAGUUUUUCUGCAUACUGAAAAAAUUCAUCGGACAAGAACUACAGCAAUCAUGACUUGGUGCAAAACGGUGGUCCUGUUGCUUCUGAUCACAGCUGUGGCUGAUCUGUGCUCCGGAUUGGUGUUGGAACGUUUACCUCGCCAUGUCCCGCUUAGCAGCCGAUAUUCUACGGCUGCUGAAGACGAGGUUACAAGAUCAUUUGAUUCAUCUGUAGAAAAGAGAAAAAUCACUGAGAGUCCCACUAAAUUCAUGAAUAAAGGCCAGCUCGCUCCCCUCUUUAUGAAACCGACUUGGAAGGCCAUUUAUCCUUUCACGGAGAAACGUCUUUUCCGCAGCCACAGGAAGAGGGCUGCUUCAGAACACAAUAGGGAUCAAGAGACAGAGGAGAAAGAGAGAAAUGAACUGGUGGACAUCUUGAAGGACGAAGAACAAGAGGAGAGGAAGGAAGAAAAGAAGAAUGAGAAAAAAGAAUCUUCCAGGCACAUUAAAACUAAACGCCAGUCUAGCGAUGAUACAGGGUCUAAGGACGAAAUUAAAGGUCUUGCUACAGUUGGAAGUGAAGAACAAGAAGAAGCAGCUCCGAAAGAAGAUUUUCAGGAAUGGUUGAGACGAGAAUACUACAGAAACAUGGCAAGAUCUUUCGCUUCUAUGAGAAGAAAGCGCGAUGGAUCAAGUUACGAGGAACCAGGCCAUUCCAAAACAAAAAUUUCAUCUUCAAAACGAGAGAAAAAGAGUAAAAAGCCCAUCAGCUUUGAAGAAGUGACUGAUAAUUUACGUGCCAUUGAAGAUGUCCUCUUCUUAGAUGCCCUCCAGACUAUAAAAGAUGCUGGUGACGAUUAUGAUGAUGACGUCCAAAGGCAGAAUCGUAUCAAUAAUGACCUUAGUUCUGCGUAUGAUUUGGAAACUAUGAGAAAUGCUCUCUUCCGUCUGCGAGACACAUUAGGAAACAUGGAAAGUGAAUCCAUGCCUGACGACGAUGGGGUUUACAUGGCAGCUCGGAAGCGAAGUGACAAAUGCCCUCCUCUUGACCUUCUGACCAGCGACUGCUUUUCCCUUGGUGACAUUGUUUCUGACGAAGAUCUGAAGCGACUUCUCCUCCAUGCCUGUAACUGGCACGAAGUUUGCUAUACAUGUGGCGGAGUGUAUGGCCUAACAUCAGAGAACUGCGAUGUGGGUUUCAUAGAGCAAGGCCAAACGAUUUGCAAUGGAGAUGUUCCCUGUGAAAGCACGACCAGCCUCCUCCUUCUGCCCCUUCGACAAAGGAGAGUCUUCUACAAGAGGAGUAACCCAAGCGUUUGCCUGGUGGACCCUUGCGUGGAGGCCUUCCUCAGACAAGUCUAGACAUGCCCGAAUAUCGUAGUGGGCACGGUUGUCUUCUGGUAUUUUAUCAUUAGCAGCGGUGGCUAAGCUUGUAUUUUCAUUUUUGGAAUGAAAUUGUAUGAGAUAAUAUAUGCCACCGAAGUGCCAUGAUACCAGUAUUGUUGUUUACGUUUCGUGGUGGACGCGUAUCUCGUAUUACACAUUUUUGGUAUUAAGAAUAUCUGUGAUUUAUUUCAUUUAGCUUUUUUUCCUUUCUUUUUUUCCUCUCUCUCAUUAUAGUGCUUACUUAGAUGCGUCAUGUUAACAUAAAUAAAGAGUGCUAUUGAAAUGAGGCAUGUUAAAUGUUUAAGUGUUUAUUGUUGACUGAAUUUAAUGGAUGUUUCAUUGUUCAAUAAAUGUUUCGAAACGUUCAUAAUAUUCUUUUGUAUGUGUACUUUUGUGUUGAAUAAAGCUACGUUUAAUCACUAA